AUGAGCCAAGUGAUCAAUGUUGAUGGAAAAGAACUUUUGGUUUAUACAAUAUAUGAUAAUUAUAUAAAUGUUCGAAUAACAGCGCUAAAAGCAAUCAUUGAUUUAGAACUUCACAAGAAACCAGAGGUAAUGUCAUAUAUUAAUCAACUUAUUGAAACUGAUCCUGAUCUUGGUGUUAGGAAAUUUCUACAAUAUAAAUUUGGAUCAGAUUUUGGACCAUAUUGUUGGGAUCUUCCGAUCAAAAAAAGAACAUAUCCAUUGCUAAAAAUAAAGUUAUAA